AUGUUUAGCUCGUUAUUACCCGCCCCUAAAUAUCUGGUAGGGAAGAAGAUACCUCAAAUAAAUGUACCUUCAAAAUCAUCAUCAAAGGCACUUUUGUCAUGGACAUCGCAAAACUCCAAUGAGUUGAUAGUGCAAAAUACAAAUACAACCAGAACAAUCGCCAACCUUCACAUGAACAAGGAUGGCAGUUUAAAUUACAGUCAAACGAUAUCAGCAGCAGCCAACCCAGGAAGACAAACACAAACAUCAUAUGAAGAUACUAUCCCAUUGAAAGUACGAUAUCCAAAUUUAAAGCAUCAUUUCCCUAAACCUUCAUCAGACGAUGAAGAGCUUCAAGAAUGUAUAGAAGAAACAAGAGAUGCCAUCAAUAAAAUUCUUAGUUCGAAACUAGGAGUGGAAUCGAAGGAUAAAUCGGAAGUAUCAUACUACAAGUAUAAAACAAAUGAGAUUAUAAAUCCAAAUAAUAAUGAGGAAGAAGGAAGAGGAAGAGAAAGAGUUUUACAAAUUAGGGAUCUUCAGGAAGAUCCAAUGUUACCACCGAAAUUUAAAUUACGUAAGAACAGACAUAAAGAACCAUCUCCACCACCACCAAUUUUGAAAAAGACUGCAACUAAACCAUUAUCGAAAGAGGAACAACAAAAAUGGAAUAUUCCUGCUGCAAUUUCGAAUUGGAAGAACAACCAAGGUUUCACAAUCUCAUUGGAUAAGAGAAUGCUUGCAGCUAAUGGCGGCUCAUCGGAAGACACCAGCGAUGCAUUAAAUAUCGAGAAAUUUGGUAGCUUAUCCCUGGCCUUGGAAGAUGCAGACAAACAAGCGAGAGAAGAAAUAACUAUUAGAAAUCAAUUAAUGAAAGAAUUAGCUAUUAAGGAACAACAAGAAAAGGAACAAAAAUUAAAAGAAUUGGCCGAGAUUUCAAGAAUGGAACGAUCUAAAAGACGGCACUCAGACUCAAGGAAUCCUGUAAAGAAGCAGAGGUACUAA